GGCAGUGCCUCUGCUAUAACUUCUGUGCUACAGGCAUCUCAAGCUCCCCCUCUGCUCUGCAGCUUGCACAAAAUCUCAGGCUGCAUGCUUCCUGCAGCACCCCCAAGCGUGAGAUUCUCUAGCAUGGGGCUAGCUGUUGCAGAUACUGUCAACUUGUUUCACUUUCGCUGUGUGGUUGUGGUGUUGCUGCAGGAAUUACAAUAAACACCACCCUGGGUGAUAGUCUUGAGCAGAAAUUUGAUGUGUCUUGAGGCAUCGAGUGAGGCUGCAGUUGUCUGGGCUCAUUUUCCAGAGUGGCUGUGAUUCAAGUAGCUCCUGUAACUACGGGCAGCAAAUUGUACAGAUGCCUCAUGAUGUGGACAGGCCCAAUGGCCCAGCUCACCCCCUCAUCUCAAAACCCCGGGGGAAAUGGGCUCAGUACACAAACUACAUUUGCAUUGUUCUCUGUAUGUUGAUGCUGUAUCUCAAGGAGGAGAGCCUUUAUCAAGUUGCACAGUGCUUCACCUUCCACUUCAUGGCCCUGCAGAUUGGAGCACUGCUCAAAGGGGUCUGCUACUUCUCAGAAGAAAUCCACCACGUCAGAUCCAGGUACUGUGGCAGUUACUGGAGGGCACUGAACGCUUGCCUGAAUGUGGAGCGGCAUGUGCCCCUGAUGCUGAUCUGUGGGUGCGCCUACCUGACCCUGCUCAGCCAGAAUGGGCUCCAGCUUUGUCUCAGCCUGAUGCUUGUAUGCCUCUGCCAGCUCCUCAACACUGCUUUCAGGCUUCACAGACCCAGUACAGUGGAAAUUUCUGAAAUCUGUGAAAAGUACAACCACAAUGUAGCCUAUGGACUAGCCUGGUCCUAUUAUGUUGGCUAUUUAAAAAUAGUGCUGCCACGCCUUAAAGAUUCAAUAGAAGAGUUCAACAGAACCAAUAACAAUUUGCUAAAAUGGAAGGAGACCUGGAAAUUGCACAUCCUGAUCCCACUCAGCUGUGAGAUAUAUGAUGACCUGCAAAAAGCUGAUAGCAACAUCCAUUUCUGGAGGGAUCUCCCAGAGCUGAGGCUGGACCAAGCUGGCACUAAGGGAAGAGUGUACAAGCAAAAUGUCUAUGAAGUUAUAGAUGAAGACAGAAAGCUGAAUUACUGCAUUGUGGAGUAUGCCACCCCGCUAAAGACCCUCUUCACAAUGUCUCAUGACGAAAGUGCUGCUUUCAGCCGGGAAGAUCGCCUGGAGCAAGCCAAGCUCUUCUACAGGACCCUGGAGGAGAUCUUGCAGAACUCCAAGGAGUGUGCAGGCUCCUAUCGGCUCAUUGUGUAUGAAGAGUCAGGAGCCAGUGAGGGCCAUUUCCUGUCAAAGGAGAUCCUAAGACACAUUAGGCAACAGCACUGCGAAGAAUACGCCAUGUGCAACGGGAAUCACCACAACCCACAGCCCACAGAUGUCUUCUCUACGGAGCCUGACCUCCUGAUCAGCGAUUCUGAGCUGCCUAGGCCUCUCCGUAGUGAUGCUUUCUGAAACGUGUACACGUGGAAGCCAGGUUUCUGUAUUCUCUUUGGGAUCUUGAAGUGAACAAGAGUACAGCACUGCGGCCUUCUUCCUUUUGCUAUGUGCACUGUUUCCCAUCAUCACACACUUUCUGAAAUCAGAGUUCUCUCAGGGUUACAUCUUUACCACUAUUAUGGGUCAACCCUAAGCCAUAUAUAAGCUGCCCCUUCUAUUCCGUAUCAUGCCUUGCUGUGGUGGUAUGUCAAGCACAACAGGACAGACAAAAUAGUAGGCAGGCUUAUUCCUAAGAGAGCUCAGCUUGAGGGACAGAAAGCUUCCUGACCCUGUGAUGAAACUCAUCUAGGAAUCAGUCUGCUUACUACUUGUCUCUCCUGCUGUGCUUGGCUUCAAUUCUAGGCAGUAGAGAUGAGAGGUGUGGUGGAGAAGCACUGGAAGUCAACUACCGAACUCUAUGAGAUGGGUGCUGAUGGCCUUAUGUGCCAGUUUCCUCGGUACUGUCUGGGUGAAUUCUGGGUGAAUUCUGUAUGGGAGGGGUGGGUGAGCUAGAGGGAAGCUUGACUAUGAAACCUGGCCCUCAACGGGGCUUUUGGGGGUUGGGUGGCUGCUACCAAGGAUCAACUUUACAGUGGUUAAUAUAGAUAGUCAUCAUAUUUAAGCAAGAGAGCAAGCUAUAGAGCAGUCCUGAGUAGAAAUUUAGAUUUAGCCUGUUCUUCUACAGAAAGCUGAGCACCCCUUUUGUCUGAUUUUGGGGAGGUGGGAAAAUCAAACAUGACUCUUAUAAGCUACUUGCAUGCUUAACAUCUUAUUAUACCCUAAUACUUUACCUAUUGUUAUACUGCCAUACAUGUAUGGAUCUUAAGCAUCAGCUUUUUGUAAUAAACUAACUUAACAUUCUUAGCAGUUACUGCAUUUUCCUGUACUUUCAGGCCUUAGUGCUAUAUUAAGAAGACUGGUACAUAUUGUGUUUUCUCACAUGCAACAUACCCCUGAAUAUAAUAAAUACCUUGUUUUUAAGAAGGAAAAUGAAGAAUAGCAUUUUUUUCCAGUUAUGGCUGCAUGGAGCAGGGACAGGGCCUUAUCUUUAGGUGACUCAUCCUCCCUUUCCUGCUUAACUGAAGCUCAAACCCUAGCUGCUGCUGAAGACUGAUCUCCAUGGAUGGAUUCUGAUUCUGAGCCAAAGAGUCUCCAAGGCUGUGAAACAGGAAGAGAGAGACCAGAAGUAGCUAGCAGACAGCAAAAUUGCCCUGGAAAAGCUUAGCUUGAUCAGUGGAACACCAAGACCAUUAAAAAGGAUAAAUUAUUAAUACCUCUGGAGGGAAGAACAAUGAACCAUAAAGUCAAUUCCUCAGCUUCCUGAAUAGUAAUGCCAUAGCUGGUGCACUAUGGAACAAGAAUCAAAGCAGGAUGGUUCUAUCCCAGUUAGAAAAUCAGCUUCCCUGCUUAAAACAUGCACCCCAAUUGUGGGGAAGCUCUUUUUUGGGGGAAAGCUGUUUGUUGUUUGUGAGAAAGUGGUAUUUUGUAUGUGAUUUGAUACUAGAAUGGCGUCUCUUGUGAUGACAGGAGAUUGCCUUGCACUUGCUUCUCUUGGCAGUGUGGUAUUUAAGGUGUGUUCUAGUAUCUCUGUGUUUCUUGUUGGCCUGGGUUCCUUCUGUGUCACCUGCUGAUCCAGUCAGAAUUGCAUGCUACAUUGAUAAGACAAAAUGAGGGUAAAGAAAUGCACAAUGUAUAGGUGUUUUUAGUGAAAUGUAUAUUCAUCCCAUACUACAACAUAAGAGCGAGGAUUUACCUGUUCGUUGCAUGUAGCUUACUUCCAAGUGUAUGACUAUUCUUGUGUCAGGGUAUUUAAGCUGCAGUUUUGGACCCUCCCCAAGUGGGGAGAGGCAGGCAGAAAAGACAUUGCACAAACAGCUGCACUGGGGUAUGUGGAGCCCCAGCCCAGCUCGAUGCCAGCAGCAGGUGCACACGUGCAAUGAGCUGUGCUGGGGCUCAAUGGAUCCUGGAGCAGCCAUUUGCAGCUUCCCAGCUGCCUGCCACAGCCAGCCUCAGACCCCAGUGCAGCUACCUGCAAACUCCCCACCUCCUGUUGCAAGCAUCCCCUCCCUGGUUCUCCUCUUCCAUUGCCAGGUGGGGUCCUAGGGCAAGCCAGGCUGGGCCUGUGAGGCCAGGGGCCUCUAUUCCCUGCCCCUGGAUCUAGGCACAGCAGCCUCUGUCACUGUCAAGCCUCUCACACAGGGGGGAAGGGGGAUGGGAGCCCCCCCCUCCACUGCCUCAUGGGCCCACCCCAGCUCCCCCUGAACCCACAGCAGGGGUAGUUGGAUGGUGAUCUGUGCAGCAUGGAGCCUCUGUUCCCUCCCCUCCCUUCAGCCACUGCUGCCAGCUGACUGGGAGGGGCAUGGCUGGGGAAAGGGAUGGUUGGGCAGCCUCCUGGGAGGCUGCUGGAGUGCCCUCCUCUGCUGGCCUGGGCCAGUGCAGACAGGCUUAGAGCCCCCCUGACAAGCUGACUUUAACUCACGGUGCUUUGUGUAAAGUGACAUGAGUUAGAGUGCGCCCCCCAACAAGCUGCCUAAACUUCUGUGCGCAGAUUUAGUUUCUGAUUUUGCAGACCUGCAGGACCAUGCCUUGUUACAGUAAUUUUGGGUGGCUCCUGGAGCUCUUAAUCCCUGGGUUGUUCAAACAUUUAUGCCUUAAAGUGUGUUUAAACACUCUUUAUGCAGCUCAAAGUUACACCACUCCAGGAAAGAAUUAUCUCUGUGUUAACCAGUUCCUGUUCCAUUAAAGUGUGGCCAUUCCCUGCAGAUGUGCCACCCAAGUUGAAGUCUUUCAUUAUCCCAGGAUCUCUCACCACCACUAUCCUACCUCCCAUGUCCCCUACCUUUAGAGCAGGGAUAGAAGCCAGUCCUGGCUCACCAGCCUUCUAGUGGCAACUCACAGCUACAUCUCCUAGUCCUACCCCUGCUCACCAGUGGCAAGUCACAGCUCUGCAGGUGAGGGGCAGUCAGAGGUCUAGACUAAGGGUGUAACUGCUCCAAACACCAGGUUAGUACUAACACUGAUCAGCAUUUGUUCAGCUCACAGCGUAAAGUGUAACAAGGCCUUUGACUCACUUCUGACACCACAUGCAGUGAGCAGGCAUCAAGAGAGAACCAGGACAGGACCUCAUUCCUCCCUACUUGCUAUUAGGGGUGCGUGAAGCAGGCCCUAUUCAAUUUGGAUUAGGAUUUGGCCUGAAUCAAGGACAGUGAUUUGAUUUAUUGAUUUGGAUUACUGUCCCUGAUUCAAUUUAGCUGAAUCUGAAUCUGACGAUUCGAUGCUGAUUCCGAGAAUCAGCGAUUCGGGCAAAGACACAGCUUUAAACAUUUUUUCUACAUACCUCGAGGUACCAGCAUGGCUUGUGAACGCUGCGAUGCUGGGGUGGAUGGAGUGUCCCACAUUAGCGUGGGGGGGCCCACGUGCUCAGCAACAAACCUGGAAGUGGACCAAAAGUACUUUCGGUCCAUUUCUGGGUCCGCUGGGGAGCAUGCGGGGGGCCCCCCACAUCCUCCGACCAGCUCAGUGAUCAGCCGCGGGGGUCUCCAGGUGCCCCCCCCAGACCCAGGAAACACCAGUCACUGAGCCGGAGGGGUGUGGGGGGGCCCCCGGCGUAUUCUCUGGUGGACCCAGAAGUGAACCAGAAGCACUUGUGGUCCACUUCUGGGUCUGCUGCCAAACAUGCUGGGGAGCUCCUCGCACUCCUGUGGGACGCCCCAUGUGCCCCAGCAUCGCAGCACUCACGAGCCACCUGAUACUUUGAGGUAGGUAGAAAAAACAUUUAAAGCUGCAUCUAUGUCCAAAACACCAAAUUUUUCUGAAUUGAUUAGGAAGGUUCCAAUUCAAUUCAGAGAGAUUAAAGGAUCCUCUGAUUCAAUUCAGAUUCAGAGAUUCGGCCACCAAAUCAGGCCAAAUCUCCGCCAAAUUGAAUCAGGGACCGAAGCUUCGCACAGCCCUACUUGCCAUUCCCUCAUAUCAAACACUUCUUGGAAGUCCCGUUGUCUACAUACCCUUCUACUGCAGUGUUCUUUAUUGGGAAGGCUUUAUCAUAACCCCUGCACUCCUGGCAUAAAGCGGGUGUAUCUGUGGCCAUCCCUACUGGCUGCAUCUGCUCCCUGUUUUUACCUUGGGAGAGGCAGCUCCAAGUUAGUGAAGGAUUCUUCUGCAAAGCUCUGGGGCAUUUAGGCAAAUCAGUAUUUCUGCAUCUCACCUGGAAGUGCCACUGUAAAACCCACCCCACCCGCUCACUCCCACUCCAUGCAUCCCAGCUCCCAUCACUGAGGCAUUACAUCAGAGCUACCUUAGAAUGGCUCUGAGCAUGUGCCCCACACUGCUCUUGGCACACAGUUGGGCUGUAGCAGAAAGCCUCCUUUUCUUCUUGCCUGCAUUUGCUCUCCCCUCUUUGGAUAUGUUUCUCUUUUUCUACCUUUUCUUCCUUCCUCUCUCUUUCACUUUAAGAUAAGGAAUUGUGUUUUAAAAUUUGUAUGUCUGCAUUUUGUAUCUCCCCUUGUAGUUUGGUAUUUUUAUAUAUUUGUGUGCCAUGGCAUUUGUAGCUUAUAUUUUAUACUCCUCACCUUUCAACUUUCAAUUGAAUGUAUUUAGUUUCAUAAGUAAGUUAUACAUUGUAACAAUGUUAACAAGGGCAGGAUCAAACUGCCCUUCCCUGUAUCAGGCUGGCCCCUGAAAGAGCUUGAAUGUGUAACACUGUAGCAGCAGGCAGCAAUUAACACCUGGAAAGCUGCAGAUCAGCCAAGGGAAGAACUCAAUAGAAGACAAUGUAACAACCGGGAAAUCUCUAAAAGUCACUGAUCAAGGGCUAGAAGGGACCAACUUUUGGGCUGAAUAUCUCCAGAUCGACCACUCCCAGAGCCCUAUUCAAAAUUCAUCAACAGACUCCCAAACCUGCACAUUCACGCGGACGACCCCUGGGGCUGACAGAUGCCGUCCAGUAGCCACCGAGGGGGGGAAGUCCCACAAGGGUCAAUGACCCCUGGAUUGGGCAAACCUGAAAACUGGGGAGUCACCAAAGUCUGCAAAGGACAGAUAAAAGGCAGUGAAAAGUGACCCUCAGUGGCAACCUCUCGAUCUCCAACUCGACCAGACCUGUCCAGCCAGAAGGACCAGCCGGCGACCCCCUUCUGGAAGAUAACACCAUGCUGAAAGAAGCCUCAACGACAGACUCCAGCUCUUAUAGGAUAGGUAAACCUGACUCUGUAGCCUGCUACUGUGUGUGUGUAUGUGUGUGCAUGUGUGUGUGUGUGGGGACCGGCCCCAAGGUUUAUGAUUACAGUUUUUCAAUCCGCCUAAUAAACUAGAAUUUUAAGGA